AUGAUAGGACUGUUAGAUAGAUUACAAAAUCCUGUACCUCAAUACGUCUUAGGUUGCCUACCAGCUUUAGCAACAAUAGGAGCAGCACCUAUGGAGGAUUUUAUACAAAAGCUGAUGUGGUUAGCACAGUGCCUUGGUUGUCCAUAUCUGGGACUGUUUUACACUUGCAACGUAAAGAUCAGCGAAACAGCAAUAUACUGGCUUCCAAAAAGAUGUUUUGUCGGGAUAGAUGGAAAAGAAAUCCCUUACAGGCCUUUCGGACAUCGUGCUAUGGUGGUUAUUAAGUCUGGGAAGCAUUCAAAACAAUCCGGCGAAAAUACAUACCAAUACACUGAAAAAUUAAGUGCAAAUGCAUCUGCGCUAAAAAAAUUGGAAGCAUGCAUAGCAAAUGCAUCUGUGCUGGAAAGGUUGUCCUCGUUGGUGUCAGCAUACUACAUCUUUGUCGGUAUAUUUUCAGGAAUAAAAAGGGAGAACAGUUCAUGGAAGACUAAUAGUCAGGGAUCCUAA